CUCGGUGUCCGGCAGUGGCAGAGCCAGGAGGCGGAGGCGUGCAGGGCAGCCUGGGUCCAGCCCAACCCCUCACCAGGAGGCACCAUGUGGGGACGUCCACUGGGGCUGCUGCUGCUGUUGCUACUAGCUGGCCAGGUAACCCCAGGCACCUGGCGGAGUCGCUGGCGCAGGGAGCUGGCACCUGGUCUGCACCUGCGGGGCAUCCGGGACGCAGGAGGCCGGUACUGCCAGGAGCAGGACAUGUGCUGCCGUGGCCGCUCUGACGACUGUGCCCUGCCCUACUUGGGUGCCACCUGUUACUGUGACCUCUUCUGCAACCGCACCAUCUCCGACUGCUGCCCUGACUUCUGGGACUUCUGCCUCGGCGUGCCGCCCCCUUUUCCCCCCAUCCAAGGAUGCAUGCAUGGGAGCCGAAUCUACCCAGUCUAUGGAACCUACUGGGAUAACUGCAACCGUUGCACCUGCCAGGAGAAAGGGCAGUGGGAGUGUGACCAGGAGCCAUGCCUCGUGGACCCAGACAUGAUCAAUGCCAUCAACCAGGGCAAUUAUGGGUGGCAGGCUGGGAACCACAGUGCCUUCUGGGGCAUGACCCUUGAUGAAGGCAUUCGCUACCGCCUGGGCACUGUCCGCCCUUCCUCCUCUGUCAUGAACAUGAAUGAGAUUUAUACGGUUCUGGGCCCAGGGGAAGUGCUGCCUACUGCCUUCGAGGCUUCUGAGAAGUGGCCCAACCUGAUCCACGAGCCACUCGACCAAGGCAAUUGUGCUGGAUCCUGGGCCUUCUCCACAGCAGCUGUGGCAUCUGAUCGUGUCUCCAUCCAUUCUCUGGGACAUAUGACACCUGUCCUGUCCCCUCAGAACCUGCUGUCUUGUGACACCCACCAUCAGCAGGGCUGCCGUGGUGGACGUCUUGAUGGUGCCUGGUGGUUCCUGCGACGUCGAGGGGUUGUGUCUGACAACUGCUACCCGUUCUCUGGCCGCGAACAGGAUGAGGCUCACUCCACACCUCAAUGCAUGAUGCACAGCAGGGCCAUGGGGCGGGGCAAGCGGCAGGCCACCACCCACUGCCCCAAUAGUCAGGUUGAUGCCAAUGACAUCUACCAGGUCACUCCUGCCUACCGCCUGGGCUCCAAUGAGACAGAGAUCAUGAAGGAACUGAUGGAGAACGGCCCUGUCCAAGCACUCCUGGAAGUACACGAGGACUUCUUCCUGUACCAGGGGGGUAUCUACCGACACACACCUGUGAGCCUGGGGAGGCCAGAGCAGUACCGCCGACAUGGGACCCACUCAGUCAAGAUCACAGGGUGGGGAGAGGAGACGCUGCCUGAUGGAAGGACGCUCAAAUACUGGACGGCAGCCAACUCUUGGGGCCCAUCCUGGGGCGAGAGGGGUCACUUUCGUAUCAUGCGCGGUACCAACGAGUGCGACAUUGAAAGCUUCGUGCUUGGCGUCUGGGGCCGCGUGGGCAUGGAGGACAUGGGUCAUCGCGGAGAUCGCCGGCACUAGGCCAGGCCCGGCCCGGGUCCCAGCGAGCGCAGGGCAGGCAAGCGGGAGAGCCCUCAGGGGCAGCACCCUGCUCCAUGGAGUCGGGGGUGCAGGCAGGCGCCAGACUCUAAUCCCCACGCGGAUCCAUCUGCUGACACAGCGCCCAGCCUGGGAGCCCGCGGGCGGGCGAGGCUGGCGGAGCCUCUAGACUUCCCUGCGGGUCGGGGCAGGGUCUGACCGGGGAGCAGCGGGGGCCUAUAUACAUCCCAGGCCCCUGGCAUCCAGCCCAAGACCAUGGAAGCCAGGACAUUCCCAAUCUCCAGCCCCACUACCUUACCCUACCC